UGUGGCUCUUAAGCAGUUUGUCCCAAAACUCUCGCCUAUUUCUCUCUCUAUCUAUCAGCGCUUCUAUACCCGGGGCAGACUUGUAGGAAAGAAUGUUAUGAUUACAGGUGCAUCAGCAGGGAUUGGAGAAUCGUGUGCCCGAGAAUUUGCAAGUGAAGGGUCUAACUUGAUCCUCGCUGCUAGACGUACUGAUCGAUUGGAUGCUCUCAAGAAUGAAUUAAUGAACAAGUAUGAAUCUAUCAAGAUCCACACUCUGUCUUUGGACGUAAGCCAAAAGACGUCUAUCGAAAAUGCGAUGUCGCAUAUGCCGGAUGAUUUGCGAGACAAUAUAGACGUGCUUGUGAAUAAUGCUGGACUUGUCAUUGGCAUGGAUCCCCUAGCUGAGGUCACGGAAGAGGCUUACGAUAUCAUGUUUAACACAAACGUUAAAGGACUUACUUUCCUCACUCAGGCCGUAUUACCUAUAAUGAAGAAGAACCAAAGAGGGCAUAUAAUUAACCUUGGAUCUGUGGCUGGCAAAGAGAGCUACCCAGGAGGAAGCAUAUACUGUGCUUCAAAGCAUGCAGUGGAGGCUAUAACUAGAGCCCUCUUACAUGAAUUAAUUGAUACCCCAAUUCGAGUAAGUCUUAUUUGUCCUGGUAUGGUCAAUACCGAAUUUUCGACUGUUCGUUUCGGUGGCGAUAAACAAAAAGCCGAUGGGGUGUACAAGGGAAUCCAACCUUUGGUGGGACGAGAUAUUGCUGAACUUGUCACCUUUACUGCUUCACGUCCUCCCCACGUUAAUAUUUGUGAUAUGCUGGUUUUCCCCACAAACCAGUCUGGUGCCCGUACUGUCUACCGAUCUUCUUAA